CACGUGCGUGUGCUCGCUCGAGUGGCUGCCGCACGAGCACAACGUCGGGGGACAGUGUCAUUUCGCGCCUACGAAACGCAUGAUCGUAACCAACAUGUUACGAUUUCGGUGACAGAACGUCUUCGCGUUUGUGAUAUAAUCGCAUUUCACGAGAUUCUUCUUCGGGUUUUAUCAUUCACUUGAUCGUCGAUUGUUUCAUUGAUUCGAUUGUCGCUUAUUUCGAGGGAAUGAGUUAGUUUUGCAUGUUGCAACUGAAUCAAUCGAUUUUACAAGAUAUUCAAGUGUUGACAACGCGAUUCUUAAAGAAGACAGUCGGACAUAGUAUAAGUAAAGAAUGUAUAAAACAACUGAGAAAAAAUCGUUUGAUCACUUGCGGAAGAUCGUAUGUGUGUGUGUAAAGACAAUGCGCAUACAACUAAAAAAUAAUAUUUUUUUCUUAUCGAAUAACAUAAAUGCGAUGAGAUGUUGACGCGUGUACGCAACUUAAAACAUUGCUUGGAAAGAUAAAUAUUACGUCGACACGAAGAACUCGCAGUGAAAAAUAAUCGCGCGUCACAUUUAGACACUAGAGGAGAGUCCAAAUACUCUCUAUUGUGGGUCCAUCAAUCAGGCUCGCCAGCGAGCGGCAUGUCCCGUCGCCGGAGCCGGCGUACAACAGUCUUGUUUCGGAGAAGAACAAAGAUAUCGUCGCGAGAUGAGAGAGUCUAGGUAGAUCUCAAAGGUGAAGACAGACAGUUGGAGAAGCUUGGGAGAACUAAAAAUAUCAGCCGGUUCCGCGGUUGGACGGCGUCGCGUCUUUCGCGCCCCGCAUCGUAUCUUCACGCUGGACAAUUUUGUCGACUGGAGAAGAAGAGGCCUGAUAUCUGCAUGAAACAGAGAUCGUCUUUAAUCUCGCGAAGAAUUUCGCGCUGCGUAAACGUGCUACGUCAACGCGUCGAGACGCCGCUCGCGGGACACAGUGUCAAGGCCAAGAGCUCUCUCGUCUACUCAUCGUAUCUCGCAGCGGAUUCGACGAAAGACCGUGAUCACAGAGGAUUGUACACCUCGCAAAGUCUUUCUCACCGACGGUAUUUUACGGCGCGCUUGUUUGAAAUUCUUCGCGUGGAGUAGCGCCCGUAUUUAUAGACCCCCGUGUGUGGCGUUGCGUAUAAGACGCGUGUGUUCACACAACUCUCGGUCUCUCUCUUUCGAGCGCCUUUUCUUCCCGAGGGAGGUGGGUAGGUAGGUGAGUUCUUGGGACACCACGCAGCUGUCGUGCCGAGCCACGUCGGGGACCAGAUCCGCAGGAAGCAAGCGGCAGCACGUCGCGAUCAUGACGCGAUGCGUUCGCGACGGGAGUAUCACCGGCCUGUCUGCCCGACGACGAACGCGUCGCCGUCAAACUGUCUGCGCUGGCUAUCUCGCUGGCUGCGAUCCGCUGAUCUACUUCCGGGCAUGAUUGCCGGCGACACCGCGGCCACGAUCCUUCGAGUGCUCGUCGUCCUGCUCGUCCUCGGUCAGACGGUCGUCGUCGACAGUCUGACAGAAAACAGGACAUUUGGCUCUCAAGUUAAGGACGAUAUAGGCUAUCUUCAUUCGAACCAUCAGCGAUCUGCUGUGGAGCACUUACCAAAGAACAGAGCGACAAUAGUGUUGUCGCAUUUUACAGGCUGGAGCGAAUGGUCAGUAUGCAAUCGGCACUGUAAGCAAAACCGCGUUCGUAGAUGCCGAUCGAGGAAAGUUUGCGGAAACACUAUACUUCGAGAGGAACGCGGUUGCAAGCAUAAGAGAGAAUUUCGUCAAAGACGAUGCAAGCAACGUGAGAGCCGCGGAUCCCAACGGAAGAAAGACAAGUUUCACGUGGUCCAAAUGCCUAAAGUAGCAGAGCCUAGAUACGGAAAGCGAAAAAACAAAGACACCAAGGAGCAUUACAAAGGACAGUACGGAAAAUGGAGCAAAUGGUCGCACUGUUCGAAACGGUGUACUACGCAACGCCGCAGAACGUGCAGGAAACCCGGUACCUGCGAGCAGGAUGUGAUACGAGAGAUCGCUUUAUGUUAUGUUGAAAAUAGCUUUUGUCAAACAUUGAUCCAUCGGAAAAUUUACUACGAGGAAGACGGUAACGAUAUGGUAUUGGAUGAGUUCGAACUCAAUCCCAACACGGUGGAUACCUUCGCUGCAGAGAAGAAUUCGAAUAGUUGGAAGUGCGGAGUGACGAACGCACAUAAAGAUUCUAGACUGUCAUAUUUUAUGCGAAUUAUUGGCGGUCGUCCGACCACACCUGGAAAGUGGCCGUGGCAAGUGGCUGUGUUGAAUCGAUAUCACGAAGCAUUUUGUGGUGGAACAUUGGUGUCUCCAAAAUGGGUGCUAACUGCCGCGCACUGUAUUAGAAAACGUCUGUUCGUCCGCAUUGGAGAAUACGAUUUGACAGUAAACGAAGGAACGGAAAUAGAACUUAGAGUGGAAUCUGUGUUCAUUCAUCCGGAUUACGAUGUUGACACAGUCGAUAACGACGUGGCGCUACUUCGUUUGCCGGUCAAUCUGACUCCAUCAUCCUCGAGAGGAAUCGCGUGCAUGCCCGCGCCAAAGCAAUCUUUACCUACUAAACAGUACUGCACUAUUAUCGGCUGGGGAAAAUCCAGUGUGACGUCUGGAUUCGGAACAGAUCAGUUGCACGAAGUCGAAGUACGAGAUAUUAAACUGAUUACAAAAUACGAAAGAACGAAGUUUGUUCAUUUUGUUCCAAUAGUAUCCGCUGGACAUUGCAAGCAAGUUUAUCAAGAGUACAAAAUCACAAACAACAUGUUCUGCGCGGGAUAUCAUCAAGGACGAAAGGAUUCGUGCGCAGGCGACAGUGGAGGUCCUCUACUUUGUAAAGAUCCCGAGAAACCCGAUCGUCCGUGGACAAUUUUUGGUAUCACCAGUUUCGGCGAGGGUUGUGGCAAACGCGGUAAAUUUGGAAUAUACGUCAAGAUACCUAAUUACGUGCGCUGGAUUACGAGGGUAAUAAAACAAAACACGAUUAAGAAAAUUGUGUUACGUUGAUUGUAAUUGUAAUUAGCUCUGUGCGAAAAUGAUCAAAACACGAAUUUUCUCAAUUUAUAUUACACACCGAUAGAUUAAAAACUGCAGAGUUCGCAUUCGACUAGUAAACACAAAACUAAUAUUAUAAUGCAAUUUGUUAUUGCGUUACAUAUUUUUCUUUCUACAAAAAUGUUUGUACGAUUUUAAAGAAUCAAGAAAUGUAGUUUUUUUUUACAUAAAUUAACGCAAUCAAAUAUGUUUAAAGUUUUUCUUUGUUUGUCAUACUCACCUGUACACCUUU